GCCCAAAAUCAAAUCAUUAAUAACAAGGUACAAAAUAAAAGAGGCAAGAAAUUUUGUGAAAUUAAAAUGGGGCCUAGUAGUACUUUAUCAACCAACUCCACCAUGAGUGUAUCAUCAAAAAACUUGAGUUCUCCAAUUCCUUAUCUCUUUGGUGGUCUAGCUUUCAUGCUUGGAGUCAUAGCAAUAGCAUUAUUCAUCCUAGCAUGUUCUUUUCGUAAACAACAUUCAUCUUCUACUACUUCUAGUGAUCAUGAAGAAAAACCAUCCAACAUGCAUGUGGUGGAUAUGGAUCAAGUGAGUUUAGAGCCAAAGAUUGUUGUGAUAAUGGCUGGAGAGAGCAACCCCACUUAUUUGGCUGAGCCGGUCUCAUCCAUGUAUGAAUCUUCUACAAUAGGUAUAUAGUGUAAAAGCAAUGGAGACCGUUAAAUUUAGAGACACAUUUUAUCUUUUUAAAUCAAACAAUUUUUACAACUAUUACAUACAGUUGCCGUAAAUGAUUCAAAUGGUAUAUAAUGUAAAAGUAAUGAAGACGAUUAAAAUAUUAUCGUACAACUGCUAUAGAGGAUUCAAAUUAUACCAUAUUGAUAAACAAGCCCUUUAGUAGUUUUCCUUUUCA